AUGACGCUUGUCAACAUGAAUCCACACAUCACUCCCCAGCAUCACCCGUCAAUUCGCCCUGGCGAAGGGCCUCGCCCAGCAUACAAUAACCCUUCCGGAUCCAGUAACCCUGAUCGCCUAGCCGAUCGGCUGAGCCAGCUUCACAUUCACCAGGACCGCCUCCACGAAGCGAGGCCAAGAGGCUUCGAUGCUUCCGCCGAGGUCGACGAGGAUACAGACCUGGUCUAUGUCGGCUAUACUUUCUUCAAGGCUCCACCGGCCCCGGGCCACAACGCCAACUGGACUAAGGUUGAAAAGUCCAGGAUGAACCUCGGACAGAAUGGCCUUUCUGCCCUCGUGAAGAAGAAGGCUAAGCGAAAGUCGGUGGUCGACCAAUAUCAGGGUCUGAGACUGAUCAGACGCACCCACGUUGAUGACUUGAUCAGCGAACUUCGCGAAAAUAAUCCCCAGUACCAUUGGACAUGCGUCUAUGUCAAAGAGGAGGAGCGGAAUGUCCGGGGAAAAGGCUACUCGCGCAACUCUUAUGAAACGAGUUCGAUGGAUAUCAUCCUCCAGGGAAAGGCGCUUAGUCCUUCUGGGUUCAGAGCUCGUCCUGUUGAUAGCAGGGACGCUUUCCAAUACAGGGAUAUCAGAGAUCAAAGACCUCUCCACACUCCUCAGCAUUCAGGCGACGAGUCUCGACCUUUUUCCAGAGCGGCCUAUCCCGAGCCAUGGAGAGGAUCAAUUCCCCCACAUGCCCACGGCCCGCACCAAGCCUCUGUUCACUUCCAGCAACAAGGACCCUCUCAUCAAGCACCAACUCAUGCGCAAGCGCAACCGCAACCGCAACCGCAACCAUACGGCCAUGGCGCUCAUCAAGCUUCUGUACAUUUCCAGCAACAAGGACCACCUCAAGCUCAGCAGCCACCGCAUGUCCAGCCACAGCCACAUGUCCAAGUACCGCCUCACGCUCAGUCACCACCUCAACACCGAGCAGGAGAGCCAAAGUACCCACAGCAGGUCAAUUGGGCACAGAAUGGUCCCGCCGGGUAUACAUCGCAUCCGCAUCCGCAUCCGCAACAGCAGCAGCAGCAGCAACCUAUUGUGCACAAUCACCCAAAUACCGGGCCCGCACAUAGUCCGCGACCUGGGGUACAGGAUCAAAGUCCGAGAGGCGCUGCGAGGGGCGGCGAUUCUCCAAAUCACCAACAAGAGAUCCCUCAUCACAGAGUCUCUUCCAAACAACAGGCGAAGGGUGGGAAGAAGCGCGACAAGUCGCCAAAACAUGUCGUCGGGUCCGAACCAGAGCUAGUAUACGACACAACGAGCAGCGAUGACGACAACAUCCUGACGCCUGGCUUUGAUGGUGAGGACUGGGAAACUGAGUUUUCCGAGAGGGAUACCGCAUCCAAGCCAGCGCCAUGGCGAGGUAGUCUCUACCGUGGGGUUGCACCUUCACAGCGUCGCCAUACUCACCGUCAACACUACCGGAAGGACCCACAGCGGGCUGGUGAUCACCGAGCAGGACGUUAUUACCGAGACGACUCUGCUGUCGACAUCAUCCCAGCAUCCAGCAGCCGUUCAUCACGGCGCUUAGGCAGGACGCACAGUGGUUACCGAGGAACGGCCCGACAGCACGAAAGCCAACCUAAGAUCAUGCAAGAGAUCAGCGCAGAAGAUCUGGAUAUUCUCAUGGGCCAGCUCCGAGGGCACGCGCACCAUGCUGCCCGAGGUCGAAUGCUGAAUCAAUGGGAGUCAGAGCUCGCAGAGCGAGAGGAGAUGUUGAAGUAUCAUCAGCAGAUGGCUGCUCGCUAUGAGGACAACAACUACCUGGGACGUUCGAGGUCUUUGAGGCAGCCAUUGACCGCUUAUCCUCAUGGCUAUCUGCAACUUCGCUGA